AUGAAUUCUUCAUGGAUGAAUGGAACGGAGAUUUCAGCACCAUUAGAUGCAGCUCCACCACUCUGGGCAGGUUUUGUUGGUUGUCUGGUUGCAUCGGUCUUCUUCGGUUCGAAUUUUGUUCCCGUAAAACAGUAUUCUGCCGGAGAUGGUUUCUUCUUUCAAUUUGUCUACUGUGUUUCUGUUUGGGUUGUUGGUCUAGCACUUGAUGUUUUCUUGGGUAACCAACGAUUCUAUCCGCUCGUACUUGUUGGAGGCGCACUCUGGGCAACCGGCAAUCUUGUCACGGUUUUCUGUAUCAAGACAUGUGGCUUAGCUGUCGGUAUCCUGAUUUGGUGUACGACCUGUUUGAUUACGGGCUGGGCAGGCGGUCGCUUUGGCCUAUUUGGUGUUAAAGCACAAGUUCCAUCGACAUCAUUGAAAUUAACCAUGAAUUAUGCUUCAGUCAUAUUGGCUGCGACAAGUGCCAUCUUCUUUAUUCUAAUCAAAUCCAACACUACGUCACACAAGUCAAGUGAUGGUGACAAACCAGAUGAACAAGCCGCAGUAGAGCUAUGGAAGAAACCGGAUGUCAAUAAAGAGACAGUCGUAGUAAAGACGGAAACUGACUUUCCGUUUCUUAAUCGUCUUAGCGGUCCGAUCCAAAAGGCUCUUGGUUGCUUUCUGGCAGCAUUAGCCGGCAUCUUCUAUGGCCUUAUGUUUAUACCCGAUCAAUAUAUUCGUGAUCAUCCCGACGAUUUUAUGUACAGGGGAGAACGACCUCCAUCCAAUGGUCUUUACUAUAUUAAUUCGCAGUACUCAGGAAUUUUGCUUUCAUCUACUAUCUACUUUAUUAUCUAUGCGAUUCUGAAACGUAGCAGACCGGCUAUCAAUCCGAUCAUUGCGAUACCGGCCAUGGUUAGUGGAUCGAUGUGGGCCAUUGCGAAUAUUGGCUUCAUUGUGGCUAUUAGUUCAUUGAAAGGUGCCGUUGCCUAUCCCAUUGUGACCGUUUUACCAGGUGUUGUGACAUCACUAUGGUCAUUAUUCUGGUUUCGAGAAAUUGUCGGCAAACAAAAUUACAUCUAUCUCGGAUGUGGCAUGCUUCUUCGAUGUCUCGCUGCUCUUCUCAGUGGUCUUUCGGCAUAG